AUGGAACCUCCAAUCCCAUCAAAGCCGCUGUUUCGGGGACAUACAGCCGCCAUUGGAGACUGGCCUUUAGAGCUGUGUCUUCAUAUGGAAGAAUGCCUGGGCGUGUCAGUAAAGCAGUUCGUCCUCCUGCGGAGCGACAUGAGUUUCUAUCGGCUUCUGCAAGUGGAAGCGAUAUUGAGUGAGGAUCGAGCACUGGUCGGGUUCCCGCUCGAGAUAUACCGAUGUCGGUACAUCGGCGGCCGAGCGUCCCGAUGUUUGUUUGAGCCAUGCACUUCCGAGGCUGCACCACGGCUGAUGAGGGACGGCAAUUGCAAAGGGCUCCAACAUCUCCUGGACAAUGGCAUGGAUCCUUGUGUGUACAGCACCUCUGAAAUCCCGCUGCUUGCUCUGGCUGUAGCGCAUAUGCAACUUGAGUGCGUUCGGUUGCUGCUUCACUACCAGGCCAAUCCCAAUCAGACAGGGUACUGGCGCGAUGCUCGCCCGCUCGACUAUGUCUUGCCCCAUUGUCUGAGUGACUCAUAUCCCACCCAGAGCACGAUCAUCGAAGUGCUGAUUGAAGCCGGCGGGACUUUCACGUUUGCCAAUGUCAUUGACACCAUUUGCGUUGACAACAGGCUCGACCUCCUUCACCAGGCCGUCUGCAAUGGGACCAAGAUCCGUGACCUAAGCUUUGCGUACGGUGCGACGGCGCUGCAUCGGGCUGCGCUGAACGUCCGCGGCGGACCCGAGAUAAUCGACUACAUUUUGGAACAGGCCCCCGAGCUGCUCAAUGCGAGGAACACAGCGGGCCACACAGCGCUGCAAUAUGCUCUGUGGAACCCCAACCGGAUCGUGGCCAUGCACCUGCUGCGUUAUCCAAUCGACCUGUAUGCGCUAGAUGUCACCAAAGAAUCGGCACUCACAACAGCUAUCGGGUACAACCGGAUGGACAUUGUCGAUGCCAUUAUGGGCCGUAAAGACCUUGAUAUGCUGCAGCUCCACCGAGAUAUACCUUUCCACCAAACCCCGCUCGGCCGGGCAAUAACCACACGCAAUGAGGAGCUCCUGGACUUCCUGCUCAGCUAUCCUCGCAUGCACGUACCUAAAAGCGCCCGGGACCUCGCCCUUGAUCAGACCCGCGCUACGUUUAAAUUGCACGAGUGUUGGAUUCCAAUGAUUGAGAGACUGCCUGUUGAUUAG